AUGACCACCCCCCUCCGCGCCGACCUCUACAACGCCCCCGCCAUCCCCACCUCUUCGCUCCUCCCCGACGGCACCACCGGCCACUGGCAACCCACCGUCGUGACCCUCAUCUCCGGCGCCACCACCGCCGUCCUCAUCGACACGCUCUUCACCGACACCCAAGGCAUCGCUUUAGCCGACUGGAUCGACGCGACCCUCGGCCCGGCCCACAAAACCCUCACGACCAUCUACAUCACGCACGGCCACGGCGACCACUGGUUCAACCUUUCCUACCUCCUCACACGCUUCCCCGGCGUGCGCGUCCUCGCCACGCGCGCCGCCAUCGACCACAUGCGCACGCAGCAAAGCGCGGAGAUGCGGGGGUUCUGGCAGACGACGUUCCCGGGGCAGAUCGGGGAGGACGCGUUCGAGAUACUCGCGACGCCGCUGCCGGACGACGACAAGACGUUUACGCUCGAAGGCCACACGUUCGAAGCCGUCGACGCCGGCCACAGCGACACGGACGCGACGACGUUCCUGCACGUGCCGGCGCUGCGGCUGGUCGUGGCGGGGGACAUCGUGUACAACGACGUGCACAUGUGGAUGGCGGAGACGCUGGACGACGCGGGGCGCGAGGCGUGGGUAGCGGCGCUGGAUCGGAUUGAGGCGUGCGAGCCGGCGGUGGUGGUGGGGUCGCAUCAUCGGCUGGGCGGGGUGGAUGGGGUGUGGAAUGUGGAGGCGUCGAGGGAGUAUGUGCGGACGUUUGGGCGGUUGGUGGGGGAGAGUGGGGGUGCGGAGGAGUUGUAUGAGAAGGCGGUGCAGGCGUAUCCGGGGAGGGAGGGGAGGUUGGUGUUGUGGUUGGGGUGUAAGGCGGCGUUUGUGCAGGGGAGGGGGGUUUGA